UUCAUUGUGAAUUUAUGUUCUUUCGGUGUUAUUUCUCGGGAAUUCUUGUUUUUGUUGGGUGAAGCAGGUAGGUGGGAGGAUGAGCCGAUCGUGAGCCGAGUCUAGCCGAAGAGCAGACACAGCUGAUAGUGACAGAUGAAGCUUGUUUGACGUUUUGCGGGACGACGAUCCUGUCCAGUUUGGAUUGUCGAACGUCGUCUUCGCGGCGCGAGCUAACCUUUUUUUCGUUACUGUUGUUCGUCGUCGCUGCUUCGGAAGUUUUGCUUUUAAAGAAAAAGAAUAAAAGUCGUUGCUUUUCGUGAGGAGGAGGAGGAAAAGCUGCGUUUGUAAGAGAAGAAGGGCAGGGCCGGCGAUGGAGGACCGCUCCGUUGUGAACCCAUUGACUUACAUCGUCAACAGACAAUACGAUGGUAAGGUCGAAGGGAUAAGGGCCAACCUGUUCAGAGGGCGACUGUCCGUCGCGAGGAACCUCUACAGGAAGGAUCUGCUCGCACACUAUGGCUGUGUCAACGCCAUCGAGUUCUCCAGCGAAGGAGAACUUCUCAUAUCAGGUGGUGAUGAUAGGAGAGUAUUGCUGUGGUCCGUGGCUGAGGCAAUCCAUGACAUGGGCAAUCCGGUGGUAAUGAAUACUAACCACUUUAGCAACAUAUUCUGUCUUGCCUUCGAUUCGACAAACUCACGUAUCUUCUCAGGGGGCAACGAUGAUCAAGUUAUCGUGCACGAUAUUAGAUCGGGUCAAUUGGUGACGAAGUUGUCGCACAAAAAGCCCGUAUACGGCUUGAGCGUAAAUCCCCACAACGAUCACGUCCUGGCUACAGCAGGAGACGACGGCAGGAUUUUGAUUUACGACAUCCGCGAGUCAGAUCCGUUCUGCCUCUCCAAGUACAAAAUGGGGUUCCAUUCGGUGAUGUACAAUCCGAUGAACGAUUACCUGCUGGUGACUGCAAACUCCGAGGAAGGCAUCGCCCUGUGGGACACGCGAAAACCUAAAGAAUGUUACAUUCACUACGAUAAGGACGCAGGCGAAAUCAGCGGUAUCUCUGCGUGCUUCGAUUCACUGGGCAGAAGGGUUCUUGCGCUCAGACGAAGGUUGCCGCCCGUCCUUUACGAUACGCACAGUCGGAAUGCCGUCUGCCAAUUCUAUCAUCCUCAGUACUACAACUCUUGCACGAUGAAGACGUGCUGCUUCGCAGGGGAGGAUGACGAGUACGUUCUCUCCGGUUCCGACGAUUUCAAUCUGUACAUGUGGAAAAUUCCGAAAGACAAUGAAUGGGGCCAAUCACAUGUUGUACUUAGAGGGCACAGAUCGAUAGUCAAUCAGGUGCGCUACAAUAGACGGAACAAUUUGAUUGCUUCGUCCGGCGUUGAAAAAAUGAUCAAGCUAUGGAGCACUUUGCACAUCGGCAUGUGGUCCGGUUCGUUGGACAAAGACCACAUCGAAAAUCAGCGCAGCGUUUACUCGCAGGACGAUUACAUUUACCUGGUCGGACACUCCGGUCAGAGAAUUUCGCACGAUUACAGCGAUCAUUCCACGCGCGAAGACAGCAGAAUGAUGGCCUUCUUCGAUUCGCUCAUCCAGCGCGAGAUCGAAGGAUGGGACACGCAAUCCGAGGCGACGUUCUCCUCGGACAGUGAUAGCGAUGCAGAUCGUAUUAGGAUGUCUUGGCAAUCGUUGACCAGAUGCAGGAAGAGCGCAGAAGAUGUAUGCAAAAAAUACAAACCGAAUCGAAUAGCGCAACUCAUUGCUCAGAAACGUAACAGACUCGCAAAAAUGGCACACAGGAAGUCUACGGCCAUAAUCAAGAGAAACAGUACGAGAGAGAAGCCGAAGAAAAGAAAGAAUUCAAGGAAAUCUAAAUCGAAGCACGGUAAAAGUUUCUCAAAGAAAUGCGGUCCUGGAAAGCGACACAGAACGUCCUCGCCGUCCACGUACACUUCGGAGAAGGAAAACCACGGCGGUGGUGGCGGCGGCAGUAGCAGCAGCAGCAAGCACAAAUCGGAACGAUCCAAAUACAAGAAGUAUCGAACUAGACAAUCGACGCGAGAGUUCGAGAGUCAAUCGAUGGACGUUCCCAGCACGAGCACCGGAAUCACAGCCUCGAACAACAACCCGAUGUUCCGUGUCAUCGAGCAAGAUUCCGACGAGGAGGUUCCUUCAAACGGCUGCACGACGGAGGUGCGCUCCUCACAAGAGAACCUGAUGAACAUCCUUCCGACGCCGUUGAACGGCACUCAGGAUAUGUACGUCAGCGUGCUGGAGGUGAGCAACGGCAAUUCUUCGAACGUGGUCGCACUGAGGAAUAAUAACCAGGAGUUCGCCUCGACGUCGACCAGUUCGUCGGCGGUCGGCGUGCUGCAUCACGGGAACGCCUACGAAACGUACGUGAGUUCUUUGAGUGACAGUGACUACGAUCUGGUGACUCCGAGGAAGCAGCAUCGUCACCAACAGACUGAAGUGGACAGCGGUUUCGCAACGGGUCCUUGCUCUUCCAGCGGCGGUAGCAGGCAGCGAGCCACCGCCGCCCUCCCCAAAAACCAAUGUGAUAGUUCCGAUGAGUACGAGUACGAAAAGUUCAGGAAACGCGUGAAAAAGGCUCGGCUCAAUAUGCGUAAACAGAUUGGCGUCGAUUCCGAUUCCAAUUGAACUGCUCUGUCUUCUCCUACUUUUACUGUACUUUUUUUUUUUCGUCACAUUUUAAAGCUUCAUUUUAAGUUUUUGUGAUAUAUUUUCGUCGAUCCUUGCGUAUCUUCUUUUGCUCAUUUUAGCCUAAAUUCGUUUUCUUAAAUAAUAAACAAAUUACCGUUUUGCGUUUAAAUUCAAUUCGAUUUUCGUUACCUUUAAUUUUUAUGUUUAAUUUAUUGUUAAAAAUUUGCCACCGUUUAAAGUAUAUUUAUUAUUAAUUGAACCGCGGAAUCGGAUAACUCUGAAUAUUAUACAUGAAAAUUGUAUUGAAAAUAAAGUGUCAUAUUUAUUAAUGUUCUCGAAAUGAUUGAUAAAAUGUAAAAUGUUACACUAACAUUACCCGAAUGCCUAAUAUCACCGCUAAUUGCGUGAGAUUACAACAUUAAUUUUCUGUCUCGUAUAUAACAUAAUUUCUAUUUGGAAUACAUUUACUUGGCUGUU